GUCCGCCAGCAGGAGCUGGAUGGAGCGAGCGGAGCCUCCCCGGCUGCGAGGCGCGAUGACAGGUGCGGCGCGUGACUGUCACUUGGGAUUGCAGGAAGCAAGAAACGCCCAUAAUAGAAUUUUAGGCUGGUCGCUGCUACGUCCGCUCCGCCCACUUAGAACCUUGAUGCACCUCCCGGGGCCAGAGACGCCGCUGCGCCAGGGCAGAGAGGGGGCACGCGCGCGCACACAGGUGCAGUGGGAGGUGCCGUGCCCGUCCUUCUCGCGGCCGGGCCGGUAGGGGCUGGAAGCCCGCAGCGCGCGCGCGCCUCGGAGGCCUUUCUGGUGCAUUUAACACUGGGAGUAGCUCGUCGCGCGCGUCUGUGCCUGGCGCCUGCUCCGAAGCAUUAGCGCAGCCUUUAAGGCCGGCAGUGCUGUUCUGCGGAGCUCUGCCCAGGGCACCUCUGGGUGCGUGCCUGGGAUUGGGGAGGAAGCUGCGCUGCUCGGGUGGGGCGCUCGCCCCGUCACCUGCCUACUUGCGCAGCAGCGAAUACGCCGCUUGUUGGUGGCCGCGAAGUUAAUGCAUGAGCUGUGUGGGAUGGAGAGGGCGCUGCGUGUCCCCUAAGGCAUCCGCGUAGCUCCGAGUGCUCCUCCCAGCUAGCUGAACGUGCUGAGGGCUGUCGCCGCCGCCCGACAUCUGAGGGUCUCUCUCUUGGGAUUCUUGUGCAGCUCGUCACGCCAGUCCAGGCUUAUUGGCUGGCGGGCCCCGUGUAUGUUUGGAGAGGGGUGUGCCCCAGGGGAUUAGAGUAGCAGCUGCGGUGCUGUGCCCACCUUGUACGUGGCGAGCAGAGUCGCCUCUGAGCCUGUGCUUGUAUUGCGGGUGGGGAGGGACGCCCGCCACUUCUGCAAUCGGAGCCUUCCUGUGGCGCUGCUGCCCGCGAGGGUGCUUGGUGCAUGGCGCAGGCAGGGCUGGGCGAGGGGAGGCAGCGCGGCUGGUCUCCGCGGCCGCUGGUGCUGAUGUCACCGCUGUUCUCUUCGCUGCGUUGCUGAUCCCGCCGCCGCCUCUCGCUGCUGCUGCCUUUGCUUUAGGAGUGUAACCGCGCCGAUCGGGAGCGGCCGGCCGGGCUCGGUCGGGUGGGUGGGUGAGUGAGUGAGUAGGCGGUGGGGCGGUCACAGAGGGGCCGCUGCUUCCUUUCCAUCCCCUGGCUGGCUCGCUCGCUCUGUCUGGGGCUUUGUUGUCUCUCAGCUGGGUCGGACGGCGCGUUGAAUGUGACCUGCGUCUCGCCAGCAUCCUCCUGGCCCCGCGGCUCCGUGAAUGAGUUAAACCUUCAAAACCAGCCCCAUCAAGCUGCCUUUUGUCUCUGCCGGGAACAUGUGGGUGAACCCCGGGGAGGUGCUGCUGGCAAACGCCCUGUGGGUCACGGAGAGGGCCAACCCUUACUUCAUCCUGCAGAGGAGGAAGGGGCAUGGAGGAGAUGGAGGCGGCGGAGGACUGGCUGGUCUCCUAGUGGGUACUCUGGAUGUUGUGCUGGACUCCAGUGCUAGGGUAGCACCAUACCGAAUCCUCUACCAGGCGCCAGACUCCUUGGUUUACUGGACUGUUGCCUGUGGUUGUUCAAGGAAGGAAAUCACUGAACACUGGGAAUGGCUUGAACAGAAUCUGUUGCAAACUCUUUCAAUCUUUGAAAAUGAAAAUGACAUAAACACAUUUGUCAGAGGAAAAAUACAGGGCAUCAUCGCAGAGUACAACAAAAUCAAUGGUAUCAAAGAGGAUGAUGACACAGAGAAGUUUAAAGAAGCCAUAGUGAAGUUCCACAAGCUGUUUGGGAUGCCAGAGGAAGAGAAACUGGUGAACUACUACUCCUGUAGUUAUUGGAAGGGGAAGGUCCCCCGUCAGGGCUGGAUGCACCUCAGCAUUAACCACCUUUGCUUUUAUUCCUUUCUCAUGGGAAGAGAAGCAAAGUUAGUGAUCCGCUGGGUUGAUAUCACUCAGCUUGAGAAGAAUGCUACGCUGCUUUUUCCUGACAUGAUCAAAGUGAGCACAAGGUCAAGUGAACACUACUUCUCGGUAUUCCUCAAUAUCAGUGAGACAUUCAAAUUAAUGGAACAGCUUGCCAACAUAGCUAUGAGACAGCUCUUGGAUAAUGAAGGAUUUGAACAAGACAAGUCAUUACCAAAACUGAAAAAGAAAUCUCCCAAAAAAGUAUCUGCACUGAAACGGGAUCUUGAUGCUAGAGCAAAGAGUGAGAGAUACCGUGCACUAUUCCGACUUCCCAAAGAUGAGAAAUUAGAUGGACACACAGAUUGCACCUUGUGGACUCCAUUUAAUAAAAUGCACAUUUUGGGUCAGAUGUUUGUUUCUACAAAUUACAUCUGCUUUACGAGUAAGGAGGAGAACUUAUGUAGCCUCAUUAUCCCCCUUCGAGAGGUGUCAGUAGUGGAAAAGGCAGACAGCUCUAGUGUGUUGCCCAGCCCAUUAUCCAUCAGCACUAAAAACAAAAUGACAUUUCUCUUUGCCAACUUGAAGGAUAGAGACUUUCUUGUGCAAAGGAUCUCUGACUUCCUUCUACAAACUACUCCAAAAACAUAUUCUGAAAAAGAGAUUGGUGGAAGUUACAACAGUUCGGAUGAUGAGGUGUAUUCAAGACCAAGUAGUAUAGUUUCCUCCAGCCCUCAAAGAAGUCUCAGCUCUGAAGCAGAUGGAGAGCGACAGUUCAAUCUCAAUGGUAACACUAUUCCAACAGCAACGCAGGCCUUAAUGACGAUGUAUCGACGGAAGUCGCCUGAGGAGUUCAACCCAAAAUUGGCAAAAGAGUUUUUGAAAGAACAAGCCUGGAAGAUUCACUUUGCUGAGUAUGGUCAGGGUCUCUGCAUGUAUCGGACAGAGAAAACAAGAGACCUUGUGCUGAAAGGCAUUCCAGAAAUCAUGAGAGGGGAACUUUGGCUGCUGCUUUCAGGAGCCAUUAAUGAGAUGGCCACCCACCCUGGCUAUUAUGAGGACCUCGUGGAGAAAUCUAUGGGGAAGUAUAACCUUGCCACAGAAGAGAUUGAGAGAGAUUUGCACCGCUCUCUCCCAGAGCACCCUGCAUUCCAGAAUGAGAUGGGUAUUGCUGCCCUGAGGAGAGUAUUAACAGCUUAUGCUUUCAGAAAUCCAAACAUAGGAUAUUGUCAGGCCAUGAAUAUUGUCACUUCAGUACUUCUUUUGUAUGCAAAAGAGGAGGAAGCUUUCUGGCUGCUUGUGGCUUUGUGUGAACGCAUGCUGCCAGACUACUACAAUACAAGAGUUGUUGGAGCUCUGGUGGAUCAAGGUGUUUUUGAAGAGCUGGCCCGGGACUGUGUUCCACAGCUUUAUGACUGCAUGCAGGACUUGGGUGUUAUCUCCACAAUUUCACUAUCCUGGUUCCUCACGCUUUUCCUCAGUGUAAUGCCAUUUGAAAGUGCUGUGGUGGUUGUGGAUUGUUUCUUCUACGAAGGAAUAAAGGUGAUAUUCCAGUUAGCUCUUGCUGUGCUGGAUGCUAAUGUGGACAAGCUGCUGAACUGUAAAGAUGAUGGAGAAGCAAUGACAGUCCUGGGAAGGUAUUUGGACAGUGUGACUAAUAAGGACAGUACUUUGCCACCAAUCCCUCACCUUCACUCACUCCUCAGCGAUGAUGUAGAGCCUUAUCCUGAGGUGGAUAUCUUCAGACUCAUCAGAACUUCCUAUGAGAAAUUUGGAAGUAUACGAGCAGAUCUCAUUGAACAGAUGAGAUUUAAACAAAGACUGAAGGUGAUCCAGACUCUUGAAGACACCACUAAGCGCAAUGUGGUGCGAACCAUUGUGACUGAGACGUCUUUUACUAUUGAUGAACUGGAGGAACUCUAUGCUCUUUUCAAGGCAGAACAUCUGACUAGCUGCUACUGGGGAGGGAACAGCAAUGCUUUUGACCGUCAUGACCCCAGCCUGCCAUAUCUGGAACAGUACCGUAUUGAUUUUGAGCAGUUCAAGGGGAUGUUUGCUCUCCUCUUUCCUUGGGCAUGUGGGACUCACUCCGAUGUGCUAGCUGCACGCUUAUUCAGACUGCUGGAUGACAAUGGAGAUUCUCUAAUCAACUUCCGUGAAUUUGUCUCUGGGCUAAGUACAGCAUGUCAUGGAGAUCUUACAGAGAAACUGAAGCUGCUCUAUAAAAUGCAUGUAUUGCCUGAUUCAUCUCCUGAGCAAGAAGAGCCAGACUCUGCUUUUGAAGCAACUCAGUACUUUUUUGAAGACAUCACACCAGAGUAUACACAUGUUGUUGGCCUUGACAGCAGGAACAAACAAGGGGCAGACGAUGGGUUUGUUACAGUGAGCCUGAAACCAGACAAAGGUAAGAAAAACUCACAAGAAAAUCGAAACUACCUGAGAAUAUGGAGUCAAGAGAAUAAAUCCAAAGCAAAGAAUGCAAAGGAUUUACCCAAACUGAAUCAGGGGCAAUUUAUUGAACUGUGCAAGACCAUGUACAACAUGUUCAGUGAAGAUCCCAAUGAACAAGAUCUAUACCAUGCCACUGCUGCUGUGACAAGUUUGCUUUUGGAGAUUGGUGAAGUUGGUAAGCUCUUCACUGUUCAGCCCACAAAAAAUACAGACAGUAGCAGUAACAACUGCAGCAAAGCUAUUCAGAGCAUGUUGUUUCAGAAGAAGGAGGGGAGCCAGCAGUAUGAUUUUGACCAGCAUGAAUCCUUUGCUAAUGAGGAGGAGACAGUUUGCACUGAUAACGCGUUGAGUGCACAGAUGGAAGACAUUAAGCUUGAAGACUCUUCUCCCAGGGACAAUGGAGCUUGUUCUUCCAUGCUUAUUUCUGAUGAUGAUACUAAAGAUGACAGCUCCAUGUCCUCCUAUUCAGUACUGAGUGCAGGCUCGCAUGAGGAGGAAAAGCUUCACUGUGAGGACAUAGGUGAAGAUACGGUUUUGGUGCAAAGCAGCCACAACACUUCUCUGCGUAGAAGCACUAGCAUUGACAGAGAUUGGGCCAUCACCUUUGAGCAAUUUUUAGCCUCCCUCUUGACUGAACCAGCGCUGGUGAGGUACUUUGACAAGCCUGCAUCCAUGAUGGCUAGAAUUACUAAUGCAAAGAACAUACGGAUGAUGGGCAAGCCAAUAACUUCCACAAGUGACUAUGAGAUCUCUACUAUGUCGGGAUGAAAGGGCAGUCGGGGUCUCUUGUUUUAAAUUUUUUUUUACAUAUUUAUUAGUACCUGACACAGGUCCUGGUAUUUUAAAACAUGAUAGUUUUCACUAAAGUGAAAAUGGUGGGGUGGAGAUGUAACUCCCCUGAAUUGUAAUCACUUUUUGUGAGAAAUGUUACAGGAAUGCACCUUUUAUUCAACAUACGGAAAAAAUACAGUUGUCAGUGAAAUGUGUGAAUUAUUAACCCUGCUGUCAGUGUAAAAAUGGUAAAGAUUAGUUCUCAAUUUGUAACUCUAAAUGGAAUGACAGAUAUUUGUGUACGUUUUUAAAACAGACCUGUCAAAAAGGCCUGAUUCUUGACAAGAAACGAGAGCUCUCUAAAAUGUAAAGGGGACACUCAAUCUGUAUAGGACCUGAAAGAAAAGUAAAUGCCAUGCAGCAUCCCUGGGGGAUGUCUGUCUUUUUUUCUUUUAAGAGGCUAAUGGUUUUAAUGAGUGCUUUGAUUUUGUGGUUUUAAAUAUAUAAAAGACAUCCUCCAGAGAGAUUUCCUGGGACCUGCCUUUCUUUGCUUAAGGAAGUUACAGACAGGUUUCUCAACAGAUUGGGAGUAUCCCUUUUUUAAAGUGGAAAAGAUGUUUUUAAACAUUAAGUAUAAAAGUACUUCUAUAGCUGGAUCUGCAGCGUAGCUAAUAUUAUUCAGCUCGCAAAACUAACCUUUACCACCAACCUAAUCAUAUAUCUUCAGUAGUGUAAGAAAUGAAAAACCUGUAUUGCCUAUGUCUUCAUUUACAGCACUGGAAAGUAGAGAUAAUGUAAACUGAAAAAAAUCUGCAAAAUAAUGUAACUGAAUGUUUUAAAGUCUUACUGAGAAUACUGUCACUCUAUAUAAUAUAUUAUCCUGUAUCAAUUUACUGACUAUGUUAAAAUGAAAGCUGGAGCACCUGCACUUUGAAUCCUUGCUUCUUUUAUACAAAUAUUCAAGAUUUUUUUUUUAUGUUGUUUGAUGUUUUCUAAUUCGCAGUUAUUUAGUUCAGGAUCAUUCCUACAUGCCUACGUUUUAUUUGCCGUCUUCAGAAUAUUUUCACCAGAAAACUGUUGGGUUUCUUUUAUACCACUGUACGUUAUGUCCAUGUAACUGUUCCAUAUUUUGUUACCCAAAGCUGCUGUUUAAUUUUUUUUUGUUUUAAAAGAAUCAUUUAAAAACUGUCAGAUGUGAUCUUUAACCACAGAUAGGAUAUAUGUGAACAAAUUAAAUACACUCAGCAAAGAAUUUGGUUCCUUUUUAAACUAUUAAACCCAUGCUAAAUGGGAAAUUAGGUGAUUGUAUUUUAAUACACAGUUCUGCAGUGGAAAUUCUGUGGAGCAAAUGACUUGGGAUCUCCAACUAUUGAUUUCAGAACACAAAAUGUCAAUUGUUUCAGGACUUCAUUUUUUUUUUUCAAUAUUUAUGUGUUUGUAACAGGAAUAUGCUCAGAUGUAACAAUCUUUCAGCGGAAGUUUCUCACAUUGCAGAAUUUCAUUAAACAUUUUCCCUGUUGUGUUUAAAUUUA